CAGGUACAAACACAUCACACGAUCAUGUCUUACCAUCAGCAGAAGCAGCCCAAUAUCAUUCCUCCUCAGCUUCAGGACCAGCAGGUGAAACAGCCCAGCCAACCACCUCCCCAGGAGAUAUACCGUCCCAAGAACCCAGAACCAGGCCACACCAAGGUGCCACAGCCAUGCUAUCCUGAGGUUCCAGUGCCAUGCAAUCCUACGGUCCCAGGGACAGGCACCACCAAGGUGCCAGAGCCAUACUACCCUGAGGUCUCAGUGCCAUGCAAUCCUACGGUCCCAGGGACAGGCACCACCAAGUUUCCAGAGCCCUGUCCCAACGUGGUUAUUCCACCCAUUGCUCAAGACAAGUACCCACAGGUCCCUAAGACCAAACAGAAGUAA